UUCAGAAGCAGAAUGUUUAUUAUCACCGGGAUGCCACUGUUGAAGUAGCAAGUGCUGUCUGGAAAGAUACAAUUUUAUCUGUCCAAGUUGUGGAUCAAGGAACCUCAGGUUGGCAAAGAGGAGGCUUCACUGUGUGCUAGGCACCCUGAGGCAAAGGGCUUGCAACCUACACCCACCCCCUACUUCCCAGUGGGCCCUUGGCAUUCCCAUAGGUCUCCACGAGACCCAGAAGCACUGCCAAAUGCACGGAACAAAGUCUGGGAUGGGACAGAGUGCUCAGAGAGUGCAUGAGUGGUCAGGGAGUAGUGGAGAGGCGCAGAGCCUGGGUGAGGAGACCGGUAACGGGCACCUGGCAGGUGCUGCAAGCUCGGGAAAGAGGUGUGAGUCAGAACAAGCUCGGAAGGAGCCCUUGCAGUGUACCAGCACCCAUCCUCCCUCCUGCGAGGUCCCUCUGGGCCGUGCCCCUCCCUCUGCAGCCAUGCUCUGGAGGAAACUGGGAGCCAGCAACUUCUCCAGCUGCCCUAAUGGCUCUGUCCUGUGGAUAUGGGAUGUGUUUCACGAGUGUGCCCAGGACGGCUGGGAUCAGGCUAGCGUGAGCCUGGGCCUGAUCUCCAUUCUCUGCUUCGCUGCAUCCACCUUGCCCCAGUACAUCAAGGCCUGCAAGAUGGGCAACAUGGACCAAGCCCUGUCGGUGUGGUUCCUCCUGGGCUGGAUUGGUGGAGACUCCUGCAACCUCCUUGGUUCCUUCCUUGCGGACCAGCUGCCCCUGCAGACCUACACGGCUGUGUACUACGUCCUGGCCGACCUGGUGAUGCUGACACUCUACUUCCACUACAAGUUCAAGAAGCGCCCCUCUCUGUUGUCUGCCCCCAUCAAUUCUAUGCUCUUGUUCAUCUUGGGGACCGUGUGCAUCACACCACUGCUGAGCAGCACUGGCUCUGUGGCUGCCCCGCAGAAAGUCUUCCAGGGGCGGGUGCUCCUGUCUGUGGAGCCAGGCAAUAAGCCCUUCACGAAGCAGGAGAUCAUCGGCUUUGUCGUUGGCUCAGUGUCCGCUGUGCUGUACCUGCUCUCUCGGCUGCCGCAGAUCCGCACCAACUUUCUGCGGAAGUCCACCCAGGGAAUCUCCUAUUCGCUGUUUGCAUUGGUGAUGCUGGGAAACGCACUGUACGGGCUGAGCGUGCUGCUCAAAAACCCUGAGCUGGGUCAGAGUGAGGGCAGCUAUGUGCUGCACCACCUGCCCUGGCUCGUGGGCAGCCUCGGUGUGCUGCUGCUCGAUACCAUUAUCUCCAUCCAGUUCCUGAUGUACAGGAAUGCCACCGAGGCUGCCUCCCCCGAGCGUGAGCCCCUCCUGCCCAGCUGACCAGCGCCAGAAUGAGCCUCGAAGCAGGGACCUCCAGUACCAUGCCCAGAGGGACAGGUGUGGGUAGUGACAUUGCCGCCGCCCCAGGCCUGCAGCUCCUGUCCAGCUGUCCUACCUCCCCAAGGCCUCUGAUCCUGCCACCUGGACUGACUCUUCCAAAAGCAAGACAGCUCUGAACUGGCCCACUGAGUGGACACCUCCAGGUCAAAGGCAGCUGCUCUGAUUACAGCGCCCCUCUGCCCACCUACCUCAUUCUGCCUGUGUCCUCCUCCGGGUUGCACCACGGUGAAACUGCCCAGGACUGUCACAAGGACUGAUGUGACCUAGUAAACAUACCUUCCAGUGGG